AUCAGUAGAAUGAUUCAUUAUCUGUAAAAAUGAUGAAGCAAAAUUUUCAUUGUUUUACUACCGCCCAUAGGUACGGUAAUAAUUUGAUACCGGUAAAUUACUAAUCCAGAAAGUACUGUAGCUUGGUACAACAUUUUUUUAUUAUUCAGUUUAAAAUUAAGAAUUUUUUUAUCCACUUUUUGAUUGUUAACCAGUUGACCUUACACUUACCUCACAAUUGCUGUCUUAUUUUCAAGCUUGUUCAGUAAACUUUUACUGCUGACAAGAACGUGCCAGCAGUAACUUAUCAAUUUUAUAAGUUUUCAUGAAUAUAAGUUUCAAUCUAGUUAAAAUAUAUAAAUUAAAUCUAUAGCAUAAUCAAUUGACUCAUCAAGUUUGAACAAAUUUGUUUCAUAUUAAACAAAGCAACUAACUAUAGCCUGCUCUUCAACGCACAAAGAACUUUUUUAUUGUAUCAGAAAGUUAAUUUGUAUUGACAGAAAAUAUAUUGUCUAUUGAGUUUCAAACGCACUGACCUAAUGACAAUAAACAGGAGCUUGUUAGCAGUGGCGAUAUGCUUCCUUGGCGUGUACCUGGUGUUCGGCUGGGCGGCACAGCUGGUGUGCAAUUGCGUCGGCUUCCUGUACCCGGCCUACGCGUCGAUGAAGGCGCUCGAGACGCCGCAGAAGGGCGACGACACCAAGUGGCUCACCUACUGGACGGUGUUCGCCUUCUUCACCCUCAUCGAGUACCCCUCUGACAUGCUUCUUUACUGGUUCCCGUUCUACUGGCUUGUCAAGUGUGUGUUCUUCAUCUGGUGCUUCUUGCCUUUGGAAAACAAUGGCUCGGUCAUAUUGUACAAUAAGGUGAUCCGUCCGCAGUUUCUUCAGCACCAGGGAAACAUUGAUAAUGCUCUCUCCAAUAUGGCAUCAACAGCCAGUAAGUUUGUCUCCAAAAAACUGCUGGAGAACAUGGCAGGUGAAGACAAAAAAGCUGAGUAAUCUCCUACUCGGUGCUCAUUUUUCCAUUUUCGCCUUCGUCUUUCUCUGAUUCGAAAUGUAAAGGAUUCUGAGAGCAAAUGCAUACAUUCAGUGAUGGCGCUUAUAGUAAAGAGUGGUGCAGUGGCUGGUUCAAUCACACAAUUUUAUUCAACUUCAUGUUUAAAAAACUUUCACUAUUCACGGUGUUGUUUAACUUGUUGAAGAAAGGUUCUAUGGUUUACUAAAAACUUUGAUUCAAGCAGUGCUUAUUUCUAUCUUGUUUGUGUUCGGAAAUUCUUUCUCUUGAAUGAAAUAUAGAUUAUUGUGUAAGAGUCUUUCAUGUCAUUUUGUGUAUAAUAUACUGUUUGAUACGACUC